AGACUUCAUUUUUAUAUUUAGUAUAAAAAAAACCACUUCAAAUAAAUCAAAAUGGCUGGAUAUUUCCAAUACCCUCCUAAAGAACUGCAAGAUGAAUUGAAGAAGAUUGCCAACAACAUUGUUGCACCUGGAAAGGGUAUUUUAGCAGCUGAUGAAAGUACUGCAACCAUGGGUAAGCGUUUGCAAGGAAUUGGCGUAGACAACACAGAGGACAACAGGCGUGCUUACCGUCAGCUGUUAUUUACCUCUGACAAGGCAGCAAUGACCGAAGCCAUAAGAGGCAUGAUCUUAUUUCACAAAACCCUUUUCCAGAAUGCCGACGACGGAACACCAUUUGUUAAAAUUUUAGAGAAUCGCGGUAUUAUUCCAGGAAUUAAAGUCGACAAAGGUGUUGUACCAUUGAUGGGAACAACAGAAGAAUGCACCACCCAAGGAUUGGAUGAUUUGGCUACAAGAUGCCAAGAAUACAAAGCUAAAGGUUGCCACUUUGCUAAAUGGAGAUGUGUAUUGAAGAUUAGAGACCGCGAACCUUCUGCUCUCUCUAUCUUAGAAAACGCUAAUGUUUUGGCUCGCUAUGCAUCCAUUUGCCAAAUGAACGUUCCUAUUGUCGAGCCCGAAGUUCUCCCAGAUGGUGAUCACGAUCUUGACAGGGCACAAAAGGUGACGGAAACUGUCUUGGCAGCAGUUUACAAGGCACUAAAUGAUCAUCAUGUUUACCUUGAAGGUACCCUCCUGAAACCAAACAUGGUAACUGCUGGCCAGAGUUGCAAAACCAAAUACACACCCCAACAGAUUGCCGAAGCCACGGUUACUGCAUUACAAAGGACUGUUCCAGCUGCUGUUCCUGGCAUCACUUUCUUAUCUGGUGGUCAGUCGGAAGAGGAAGCAUCUGUUAAUCUCGAUGCCAUCAACAAACAUCCCGGCAAGAAGCCCUGGGCUCUAACUUUCAGUUACGGCCGAGCACUCCAAGCCAGUGCUUUGAAGGCAUGGGAAGGAAAACCAGAGAAUGUGGCAGCAGGACAGCAAGAAUUUUUGAAGAGAGCAAAGGCUAACAGCGAGGCUUCGGUUGGCAAGUAUGGCGGAGGAGUGGCUGGUGCCGCCGCAGGAGAGAUCCUCUUCAUUAAGGAUCACGCCUACUAAAAGAAAAUGCAUUAAUCCUCUGUGUGAUAUGUGGAAAAUCAAAUUAACUGGAAAAUGUUAUUAUGAAAUUGAAAAACUCAGUUCUAAAUGGUAUCUUAUCAGUUUAAGAGUAAGUUUUUCUUGCAAAAUAGUAUACUCAUGCCACGUCCUAAAUAAUAUCCAUUAAUUCAAUUAUAUUCCACAAAUUCGUUCCUAUGUAUUAUCCUUGUGAACCAAAAAUAAAUUGUUAGUUGUUAAAAAAAAA